CGCACGUUAUAAUCUCGCCGACUACCGAACUUUGCGAUGUAAAUAAUAAUAAAAAGAUUUAUAUUAUUAUAUUAAAAUACGGUCAUAUUGUGUGUGUUUAGUGUAAUGUGAUUUGUCCGGAUAAAACUUUCAAUGCCCGUAAUAAACACGAAAGCGAUGUGGUCGCGAAAACAGUCAGUGUGCAGCGCUGUCAGUGGCGUUUCAAAGGGCGACGACCAAGAUGCUCAUCUACCGGCUGGUUUGCGGAUAUAUCCCUUCGCUAUUGCAUUACGAGUUAGAGUACUACAGAUAGUUUGCGGUAUCGGUGGCCUUGUUGUUGGAGCAGUUGGGUGGUUGGAAGAACGACAGAAACCUGAACUAGGACUUGGUGUACCAGCUGGAGCCGUCACUGUUCUUGCAGCUGCGACGUCUGUGUACUACAGCCGGGGAUUUGGCGGUUGGGUGUCUGCUAAAUCGAGAACUACAAGAAAUUGGGGAACUCCUUGGAGAGCCUUAGGACCUUCGCCGUGUGCUGCUAUCCCGCUGACGUUAUUGUGGACUAUUGCGAUCACUGCUCAUGUAGCAAUGCUUGCUUUCUGCAUCAGGUCAUUGAUGAAUUUUGGAUGCAGUAGCAGAACUUGUAUCGGAGUGGCGGCAGCGCAGUUAGCUGUGUCAAUAACUACACUAGGAGCUGCCGUGUUUUUGUUUCAAUUGGAUCUACGCUUUGAUGCUGCAUUUUCACCGCCGCGGCCGUCUGACGCUAACAUUUGCACAGCAGUAUCGAUGGUCCCAUUAACCUCAGUGGCGAUCAACAGCGGAAAUAGCGGAGACGGUGGUCCAGAGGGAAGUCCUCUCAGCAAGGAGAAAGUCCAGCCGCCGGAUCCUCCCACUUGAUGUAAUAACUCGAUGGACUCUUAAGGAUUUGUCAAUCUAAUAAAUAAGCCCGAGGGUCUAGAAAAAAAUUAAGUUCGAUAAGUAUAAAUAAGCAGUCAAUAUAAUUAAAAUUAAAUAAGUAAAUACUCUAGUCACAGUUACCUUAUAAAAUUAAUUCAAUUAUCAUAUUUUCAAUACACUUAUAAGUAUAUGAUGUUUUUACAAAAUAGUCUUUAUUUCUAAUUAUUUAAAGGUGUCCUCGGAAAUAAAUGUCACGGUUAUAUGUUCUUCUGUGUGUAGCAGCUUUACAUGUUGAUGGUAAGAACAAAUACAUGCAAACGUAUCUGAAUUCUCUUUUUAUUCAAUGCUAAAAUCCAAUGAGAAGCUCUCUCCGUUUCUUCUUCCCAUCAUACAAAAAUCCAAUAAAUAAACGUGCUCUCCGAGCGAAGGUAUAGACUCAUACAUAUUAAUGAUAAAUUGUUAAUUUAAACAAAUAUUAUUCAAUUAAAGUUUUGUAAAUUAAUCUAUUUCAAUUUUCAUUUAUAAACAAUAUAUUUGAAUGGAGUUCAAUUAAUAACAGUCCUGUUUUAAACGAAAGAUAACCGUUUAUCAAUGUCGCUUACUAACGUAUUUUACGAGUUAGAAUACGGCUUGAUAAAAUUUCGUAAUAUCAAAUUUUUCGAAAACAAUAAAAUUCGUAAUAAUAUUACGGGAAAUCAUAAAAGUAUGUAUAAUUGUAACAUAUAAUUUUAAGUACAAAAUAUAUUGUAUUAUUUUCAAGAAACAAGUCACAGUCACUACUUUUUGGUAUGAAAUUAUUCCAUUCCACGCAUUGGACGAUGAAAAAUGAUACUUCUCAAAUUGAAUUGGAAAUUUCCAGAACAUAUCGAAAUUAAAUUUAAUUAAAUACAUA